AUUUGCACCAUAUCGCCCACGGGAAAGCAGAGUGCCCGGGUUCACUGCAACACUAGACAAUGAACAAGCAACCGGGGAGCUCAACCACGCAGGCAUCUAGUAUUGACCUGUCAGAUAGCGAAGAUGGUACCUGCAAGCUGAGGCGCGUACCGGACAGAGUUCCCACCAUGGUCUGGAUAGUGGCUGUAGCAGGGUUCUGGGAGCGAGCAGCAUUCUGGGGCAUCGCUGCGCCUUGGCAAAACUACAUGGAGAAUCCACGACAUUACACCAUAGAAGGCACCCCAGGAGCCCUGAAUCUUGGCCAAGCAACAGCAACACGCAUCUUCUGCGGCUUCUUCGUGAUCUACUUCACCUGCCCAAUCCUCUUUGCAUCACUGGUAGACAGCCGCGUGGGCCAGUACAAGACAUUGGUCAUCAGCCUAGGAGUGUACGUGCUAGGAUGCAUUGCUUUGGCCGUCAGUUCUUACCCAAGCAUGCUUGACCGAGGAGCCGGCCUACCGGGUUUACUCAUGUCAAUGGCCUUGAUCGCCUUAGGAGGCGGAUGUGCGCAAGCUACCGUCAGGUCCUUCAUUGCUGCGCAGUACAAAGAUAGGACUCCACGACUCCGAACAUGCCCGCCGUCUCGAAAUCGAUGCUUGGGUUUCCUUCGAAAGCAGAUGCAGAACACAAACUUGUCCAAAUGGCUGCCAGCCACUUUGACUGAAGAAGUCGUCAUGGUGGAUCCCGAACUUACCCUCAAAUUCAUCUAUACUUUGCUGUUUUGGGUUGGGAACGUAGGCGCACUCUUGGUGUUCCCAAUUGUUUGCAUUGAGAGAUUUUAUGGCUUCUUUCCCGCCUUUGUAUUGGGCGGCGGCUGUGCCCUCAUGGCCUUUUUGAUCAUCAUUGCUGGCAAGAAAUACUUUGUGAAACCUCCGCUUGCAGACAACGUAAUGGUACCAGCGGCGAAGGUGCUUGGCUGUGCUGCACGCAACGGGUUCAAGAUGAAGCGUACAGACCCUGCUUACCAGCUUGCGACUCGAGGCAAAAUAGUGUCGUGGAAUAGCGAAUUCUCCAAUGAAAUCACACGCGCAUUGGGUGCUUGCAGGGUUCUGUUGAACAACCUGAUAUCUCAAGCAGGGGAUAUGAACAAAGGGCGGACACCCAACGAAGUUGUGCCAAGUAUGAACCAGGUCGCCUGCAUCGUCAUCAGUCCAUUAGUGGAAUACGUUCUUGAUCCAGCACUUUCCAAGCGACGCAUUUACCUGAAGCCCGUUACUCGCAUCGCCAUUGGCUUCACUUUCCUUUCGCUUUCCAUGGCUUAUGCAGCCGUGGUGCAGCAUUUCAUCUAUAUUUCCCCGCCAUGCUUCAAUCAUCCGUCAUUAUGCGAGGGCAGUCAUCCGGUUGCCCAGCAACGACCAAACAUUUGGAUACAAACGCCUGUAUUUGUACUCAUGGCCGCAGGCGAGGUCUAUGCUAUGACCACGGCCAUGGAGUACGCAGAGACGCAUUCGCCAAAGGAGAUGAAAGUACUCGUCCAAUCUAUCAACAUGCUCAUUACCGGCGUUGGGUCCAUGUUUGCCAUGGCAAUUGCUGAAGCGGCUCGCGACCCAUAUUUGAUGAUUUUCUAUUCCAGUCUAGCCGCUGCCAUGGCUCUCACGACAAUUGUAUUCUACGCCUUGUUUCGGAACAGAGACAAAGAAGAACCCAAUCUUCCAUUCAAUUCAGAGGGCAUCACGAUAACGGGGAAUGAAGAGGGCAAUAACAUUUCCUCUCCAGCACUUGCCCCACGGGAUUCUGUGCACCCAGACACGAGCAUUGGUACCCAGGCUAUGGUCACCAAGGCAGAGUAA